AGACGUCCCGAGGAAAGGGUUUGCCUCUAGACGGCAGGUCCGGACACGAAAAAGAACAACUCACCUGCCGACCUCUCAAGCCAGGUGUGCAGGUGGUUCGAUCGAACGACUUCGCAGACGACGUUUGGAGACCCAGGAUCGAACCUUUGUUGUCAAGGUCAACUCGUCCUUCAGCAGCAAGAAAAAUCAUGGCGUCCACCGACUUGUAAACACCUCAUUGUCGUCGCCGACGGGAAGAACAUUUGAGAACUGACAGACUUUUUCGUCCAAGUUGUUGUACAGUGUACACCCUUACCCGACUGCUUACUACAAGUAUGCACUACGCCUAUCUCUGGUAAGGGUUCCAAGCAUAGACUAGUACAGUGACUGUACCCUUACUGAGAAAACUUUAAAAAACUGGAAUAGUUAGGAUUUUUAUAGUACUUUUUCAACUCGGUCUCUGUCUGGGGAACACUGUCGCGGUGAACAAUGGACCUGUCAACAAUCCCGACGCUGAGACAUUCCAUCGAGAACAUCCUCGGGCGGCCGCCGGCGGUUCCUCGGUGGCAGGAGCGCCCUCACGCCGAGGGCCGGGACUCCUGCUCCCCGGUAGGGCCCAUCGACUACAGCCUGCACGCUCUCACCUCGCAAGACCACAGUAGUGGUCAUAAGGAGCAGGACUCGGUAGAUUUCUCAGAUACAAAAGGGCAGUUCUUCGCCAGUGAUGACGUCAGGUCUCCCGGCGGCGAUGACAUCGAGGUUCCCGACGGUGACGUCACGGACGCUGACGUGUAUGACGUAGGCGGCGACAGCGCGUCGGAGACCGGACGGGAGUCGGUGUGCAGCGGAGGCGGGACGGAUGCCUCGGUUUCAGAAGAGGGUCCCGAGAGGAGGGUGAAGCGCAUGCGCAGGGUGAGGACGACCUUCUCUGCGGAACAGCUGAAGGCGCUAGAGGACGUGUUCAAGGUCACGCAUUACCCGGAUGUACACACACGGGAACAGCUGGCCAGGAAAACCAAGCUGCCGGAGGCCAGAGUUCAGAUCUGGUUCCAGAACAGACGAGCGAAGUGGCGGAAGUACGAGAAACUGACGAACUUCGGCGGGCUGGGGUUUCUCCAGAACACCGACAUGGCCAUGGUGCCUGCGCCUCAUACUGCGGCUAUCACACGGGUGGAUCCUAAGGACAAGACCAAAGAGCGGACGCGUGCGCUCCAGCCGGGAAGCCCCGCCAUCAGCCCCGUCCUACCCACAAUCCACAGCGUCACGGUGCCCACCACGCUGUACACGUCACCGAUCCCGUCAUGCACCAUCGUGCCGCUCGGCUUUCCUCCUCCGAACACGCCCGACUCCGAGACUCGGAGAUGUUCGUCCAUCGCCGCGCUCCGAAUGAAGGCGAAGGAGUACGAAGCGGCUCUGGGGAUGCAGUUCAUGUACAACAAACAAUGAUCGUGAGAAAAGAAACGGUGAUAUAGAUAAUACAUUUUCUUUCACUGUCCGUGUCAAUGAAUCGAACAGGUGCUGACCGCCAUCUUGUUGUCCUUGAUUUUUCGAAGGCCAGAAGGUCAAGACCACUUUAAAGUGCUCACUAUUUUAUGCCCUCCUUGUGCGCUUUAUUCUUCGAAUUAUGUAACCUGUAUACAACGAAUACAACCUCUUUGAAGGGGUCAAAACAUCACCCAAUGUCCAAAAACGCUUGAGCUAGCAUUCACUAUUGUCCCUAUGAAAAUUAAAGUAGAAAGGCUCUAUAGCAUAAAAUGUCACCAAGAAGUCAGAAUGCGUCAAAGUUAUUAUUGGCUUUGUCAGAAAAAAAUGUGCCAAAUCUUCUUUCAUCCAUAUAUGCAUAUCAUCCAUAUUAUUAUCAGCACUUUAAAUAUCAUACAAACUGAAGAUUUUCAGUUCAGCAUAGUUAAAUUGUCACAGAUUUUGUAACAAUUUUGCACUUUGAAAUGUUGCCACCGCGUGCCACAAGCAACUGCACGUCAUUAUUUAUACUGUGGAAUCUGUGAGAAACGCACUGAAACAUGGAAAUACAUGGAUAAACAUUGAUAUACAAAAAUAUGUAACUCUCAACUAUGGCAAGGAAUACUAGUACUGAAUCGAAACAUCGUAUGAAGAGAGUAAGGCAUAUGAUACAAAUCAAGAAAGUUGUACAAAAACCAUAUAACCUCAAAACGGAGCUAAUACUUAUACAAAAUACAAGUACAUGCAAUAUAGAUAAUGUAAAAAGGUAUUUUCUGUCUAAAAUGUAAUUUUCGAGAACUGUUUAGCAUGAGUAUUUGAGGAAAGUG